AUGGUUCGAACCCACGCACGCACAUGCACGUCCCUCAGCCACUUCCGCACGUCCCUCAGCCAAUCGCGCACGUCCCUCAGCCACUCGCGCACGUCGCACUGCCCGCACUUCCCGCACUGCACUUCCCUUGCACUUCCCUCGCUUCCCCUGCAAGAAGGAGGAGGAAUAGAAUGCGCUAGGGCAAGUCCAUUUUCUUCUUCAUCGACAUAUGCGCGCGGCGCGUUUCUAAUCGUUUUCUGGGUUUUCGUUUCUUGUGUGUUGGGUGUAUUGGGUGUAUUUGUGGGUCUUGCUAUCUCUGUUUAUUCAUGGCUUGUGUCGGGCGUCGUUUGGAUCUCUUCAUCGUCGGUCGCGCGCUGGCUGUCGACUGUUGAUCUUGAUUCCUUGGCGGCUGCGCUUCCUGAUGCUCGGGUGCAUGCUUGGGCUACACAGGCGUUGCGACACCUGAACAAGGGCAAGGGAAAGGAUGGCGCGGGAAACCCGAAUAUCAAUGUCCAAACUGCGGUGGGCGUGGUGCUGCUCAGCGUUGCGGCCGCUGCUGUGUUUUGGAAGAUCAAGCCCGAGUAG